GAAUGGUAUGUUGACGAUUUAGAGGUUGUGUAACACUUGGAAAUGAAAAGAAGUGUUCCAAUAUUGUUAAAAGAGAACGACAGCGAAGACGAUGAAAUAUGGGACUACAAAUGUCUCAAGCGAGAAAAGCGCGAUCCUAAAUCGCAAUCUCGAGUUUCUGGUCGCACUGCUAAUGGACUUUUAAGCAGUGCUAACAAAAGGCUUAAUAAGAAAACACGUGAAAAGAAGAUGACAGAUUCACAGAAACAGCUAAACGAAAAUAUUAAAAAAGAAGGAAGCAAAAAUAAACAUGCCGCCAAACUUUCUCAGAAGAAUGAAAAAACGCCUUCAAAACCCUGUCGUCCAGAUCUGCUUGAGGGAUUUUGUCCUCAUUGUCAAGUUCCAUACACUGCUCUUAGCUUUAAAUCCCCGACAUGGCAUGUCAACGAAUGUCUGGACAAAGAUAUGUCGAACAUCGAAUGUCCAGCUGGUAUUUUGUGUGAUAACACCAUACCAAGUCACUACUGGAAGUUUUCUCAUCGGACACUGGCACAGUUACGGGGAAGUGGUCAAAAGACCGACACAUCUUCAAUCUUGUCUCAUCAAAAAGAUGAACAGUAUACAUCUCAGGUGAAAAUCAACUUAUUUGAUGACGAUCAGCCAGGACAUUCAAGAAAUCUCAACAAUAAAAAGAAAACUUGUGAUGUCAACACAAUCAACUCGGACGAUGAAUUAUGCAAAAAGAAAGAAACAGUGACUGCAGUUUCUAAUAACCAAGAGAUCAGUGAUGAUAUUAGUGUGAGUAACGAAGACAUCAGUGAAUCACAAGAGGAAAUAGAAAAAGAUCUGGACGAAAUGCUGGCUGAUGCUUUUGAUGUGGAUUCAACUGAUUCUACAUAUCUGAUUUCUUCAUCUGUUUCUAAGUUAAAAGAUGAAAAGAAAAUGUCCAAUGAAAAUAGUACUUUAGUCAUUAUUAAGGAAACCUUUGGGAUUCAGUUAGAUGAAGGAGUUAGCUAUAGCCCUCUGUCUAGUCCUAGAGGGAAAAGUCCCUCUUCCACAAAAUCUUUUUCUCAAGGAAGCUUGGAUAAUUUCAUGAAGAGUGAUUGGGAAAGGAACCCAUCAACAACUUUAUCAGCACAAGAACUUUUGCCUUUCAAAACACCAACCAAGUCUGGGUCUUCAUCUGCAAGGAAAAGUUCUAACAAGAAAUCUGCUAGCAGCACCAAGAAAACUUCUGACUUAGAGUCUCCAAGAAUGACAUCUUCAAGUAAAAAGGCAAGGAAAAGUACGAGUAAGAAAAAAUCUGGGAAUGAUCUGCUAGAAACUGGUGAAUCUACAGUGGGAAAGUCGCCAGGACCCGAUCAACCGUCUGUGAAAUCUUUUUUCAAAUGUUUGAAUGCGAAAAAGGUCCUGUUUGAAAAAUCUGGUGAGAACACUAGUGCCGCGAAAGAGGUUUCACCUUGUUUACUUCAAAACAAUAGUUGUGUACAAGUGACAUCAGUAAACAACAUGAAGGAAUCUGAUCUGGAUAACAACGGAUCUGUUUGUGAAGGUGUUACACCACUAGUUGUGAUACAAAAAGAUUCAGAUAAUGGAUUUCAGGAUACGUCCUCGGGGUCCAACCAAAACAGAUCUAUGAGAAGUGAGACAAGGUACGAUAAAGAUUCUGUUGAUCUGAGUCGGGUAAAGGAAGAAACAUCUGGAUCCAGCACUCUCAGACAGAAACAUGUUGCAAAAGAAAACACAGACAAAUCUCCGACAAAUUCAUCUAAAAGCAAAAAUGCUUUCAGCGUUUUAAUGGACAAAACCAAAUCGCAGAGUACAAAUUUAAGGCACAGUACAACUUCUCAAAGUCAGAGUGUCCCCGGUAAAGUGGACGCUAUGGCAAUACUGAUGAAAGCCAAGCAGUCGGGCCCGAACAGAAAUGAUAAAACAUCUGUACCUGUACAGUCAACGUCAACCGGCGCUAACACCGGGGAGAGUGAUAAUCUGAACAUUCCUGAACCAGAAAAGAAACAGUGGGGCGGACAACGGCAGUGUCCUUUUUACAAGAAAAUGCCAGGUACUGGAAUUACUGUGGAUGCAUUCAGCUUCGGAACGAUACCGGAUUGUUCAGCUUACUUCCUGUCGCACUUCCACUACGAUCACUACAGGGGCCUUACAAAGAAGUUCAAACAUCCGAUCUACUGUAGUAAGAUAACGGCUAACCUGGUAGAGAGGAGAAUAAAGGUAGACAGACAAUACCUCCACACCCUCCCAAUGGCCACACCCACUGUUGUAGAAGGUGUAGAGGUCACACUGUUGGAGGCAAACCAUUGUCCGGGGUCUGUGCUGUUCCUCUUUAAGCUGAAGGGAGGAAGAAAUUAUCUCCACACAGGAGAUUUCCGUGCCUGUACAGAAAUGGAGAGUUAUCCGGCCCUGACUGGUAUUCACGUCCACCAGCUCUAUCUCGACACUACUUACUGUGAUCCCUCCCAUACCUUCCCUCCCCAACAAGAAGUCAUCGACUUUGCUGUGUCAACGGUUAAUAAGAAGCUGAAAGAAAACACCAAGACACUCAUUAUCUGUGGCAGCUACACCAUCGGGAAGGAGAGAAUCUUUAUGGCUAUAGCUAAGGCGUUGGACAGUAAGAUGUGUUACUUCUAUUACACAACUAUAGCUAAGGUGUUGUUGGACAGUAAGAUGUGUUACUUUUAUUACACAGCUAUAGCUAAGGUGUUGGACAGUAAGAUGUGUUACUUUUAUUACACAGCUAUAGCUAAGGUGUUGGACAGUAAGAUGUGUUACUUUUAUUACACAGCUAUAGCUAAGGUGUUGGACAGUAAGAUGUGUUACUUUUAUUACACAGCUAUAGCUAAGGUGUUGGACAGUAAGAUGUGUUACUUUUAUUACACAGCUAUAGCUAAGGUGUUGGACAGUAAGAUGUGUUACUUUUAUUACACAGCUAUAGCUAAGGUGUUGGACAGUAAGAUGUGUUACUUUUAUUACACAGCUAUAGCUAAGGUGUUGGACAGUAAGAUGUGUUACUUUUAUUACACAGCUAUAGCUAAGGUGUUGGACAGUAAGAUGUGUUACUUUUAUUACACAGCUAUAGCUAAGGUGUUGGACAGUAAGAUGUGUUACUUUUAUUACACAGCUAUAGCUAAGGUGUUGGACAGUAAGAUGUGUUACUUUUAUUACACAGCUAUAGCUAAGGUGUUGGACAGUAAGAUGUGUUACUUUUAUUACACAGCUAUAGCUAAGGUGUUGGACAGUAAGAUGUGUUACUUUUAUUACACAGCUAUAGCUAAGGUGUUGUACAGUAAGAUGUGUUACUUUUAUUACACAGCUAUAGCUAAGGCGUUGGACAGUAAGAUGUGUUACUUUUAUUACACAGCUAUAGCUAAGGUGUUGGACAGUAAGAUGUGUUACUUUUAUUACACAGCUAUAGCUAAGGUGUUGGACAGUAAGAUGUGUUACUUUUAUUACACAGCUAUAGCUAAGGUGUUGGACAGUAAGAUGUGUUACUUUUAUUACACAGCUAUAGCUAAGGUGUUGGACAGUAAGAUGUGUUACUUUUAUUACACAGCUAUAGCUAAGGUGUUGGACAGUAAGAUGUGUUACUUUUAUUACACAGCUAUAGCUAAGGUGUUGGACAGUAAGAUGUGUUACUUUUAUUACACAGCUAUAGCUAAGGUGUUGGACAGUAAGAUGUGUUACUUUUAUUACACAGCUAUAGCUAAGGUGUUGGACAGUAAGAUGUGUUACUUUUAUUACACAGCUAUAGCUAAGGUGUUGGACAGUAAGAUGUGUUACUUUUAUUACACAGCUAUAGCUAAGGUGUUGGACAGUAAGAUGUGUUACUUUUAUUACACAGCUAUAGCUAAGGUGUUGGACAGUAAGAUGUGUUACUUUUAUUACACAGCUAUAGCUAAGGUGUUGGACAGUAAGAUGUGUUACUUUUAUUACACAGCUAUAGCUAAGGUGUUGGACAGUAAGAUGUGUUACUUUUAUUACACAGCUAUAGCUAAGGUGUUGGACAGUAAGAUGUGUUACUUUUAUUACACAGCUAUAGCUAAGGUGUUGGACAGUAAGAUGUGUUACUUUUAUUACACAGCUAUAGCUAAGGUGUUGGACAGUAAGAUGUGUUACUUUUAUUACACAGCUAUAGCUAAGGUGUUGGACAGUAAGAUGUGUUACUUUUAUUACACAGCUAUAGCUAAGGUGUUGGACAGUAAGAUGUGUUACUUUUAUUACACAGCUAUAGCUAAGGUGUUGGACAGUAAGAUGUGUUACUUUUAUUACACAGCUAUAGCUAAGGUGUUGGACAGUAAGAUGUGUUACUUUUAUUACACAGCUAUAGCUAAGGUGUUGGACAGUAAGAUGUGUUACUUUUAUUACACAGCUAUAGCUAAGGUGUUGGACAGUAAGAUGUGUUACUUUUAUUACACAGCUAUAGCUAAGGUGUUGGACAGUAAGAUGUGUUACUUUUAUUACACAGCUAUAGCUAAGGUGUUGGACAGUAAGAUGUGUUACUUUUAUUACACAGCUAUAGCUAAGGUGUUGGACAGUAAGAUGUGUUACUUUUAUUACACAGCUAUAGCUAAGGUGUUGGACAGUAAGAUGUGUUACUUUUAUUACACAGCUAUAGCUAAGGUGUUGGACAGUAAGAUGUGUUACUUUUAUUACACAGCUAUAGCUAAAGUGUUGGACAGUAAGAUGUGUUACUUUUAUUACACAGCUAUAGCUAAGGCGUUGGACAGUAAGAUGUGUUACUUUUAUUACACAGCUAUAGCUAAGGCGUUGAACAGUAAGAUCUGUGUGACACGAGAGAAGAAAGCGGUGCUGGAUUGUCUGGAGGACAGCACCCUUCAGGAGUCAAUCACCCUCAGUCCAAACGAAGCUAAAGUUCACGUGCUUCCGAUGGCCAAACUUAAUCAGAAGGCCCUGGCCGAUUACUUGGUGACACUGAAGAGGUAUACAGAGGUUCUAGCUUUUGAACCCACUGGUUGGACCCAUAGCAACAAGAUUACCUCCCUUGAUCAACUCAGGCCAAAGUUCAGCAGGAACGGUAUACACAUAUACGGCGUCCCCUACAGUGAGCACAGCAGUUACUUGGAGAUGAAGCGAUUUACUCAGCAUCUGAAACCAGACAAGAUCCUCCCGACAGUCAACAAUGGCAACUCUAGAGCCAGGUCAAAGAUGGAGGGGUUGUUUAACUCCUGGAUGGAAGAGUUACAGACAACCAACAGAAGUCAGAAUCUCAACGGGGCUAAACAGGGCACACUGAGCUCCUGGUCUUCCUAAAUAUGGAACAAUCAGAUGAGGAAUGAACUAAUGUUAAUAAUAUUUAUUAUUGAUUUUACCAUUACGGGUAUACCAUCUAUUGUAGACAAUGUGUAUCUACAAAUAUGCUACAUUUUGCACUUAAUAGCACUUCUGGGUUCACAGGAUUUAUUGCAUAAGUUCACGUGUGGAACCAGACAAAUUAUUGUGAUGUUGUCGGUAAUACCUGUGGGUUAUUAAUAAUACAUGUUGGAGGAGUUAUGCAAAUUUAUUGAUAUUAACACAGAUCUGUGAUGUCAGCGAUGGAUUAGAAUCUCUUUUUCAAAAGGUGCAUGUGUCUGGAGAUAAUGAUAUUUGUAUCUUGAAUCAAGUUCGAAUCAAUUUACAAUAAAAUAUUAAUGAUGUAGUUAGCUUACAUCAGUUGCACAACUCUUAUCAUCGAACUUGUCUAAAGUAAACAAUGCAUGGUUUUGUCUUGUUUAGUAUCGCACAUUAAAGGCAGAGCAUCCAAUCUGUGAACAAAUGCUGAAAACAAUAUUUACCAUAGCAUUUAGUUAUGUAU